AUGGUAGGUCCCACAAUACCUGAUACCAAUUCAGAACCAUCCACCUCGAAAAUUAAGGGAGCUAACUCCUCUGUUUUUGUCACUUCGAGGCGCAUAAAGAGAAUUGUUGGCGGUUCUCGAGUAGAGAUUGAAAGUGCUCCUUAUGUUGUAAUGCUUCGGGAUUUUAGGGCCGGAACUUUGAACAUGGGGCAUACAUGUGGUGGUGCUAUUAUCAGCCCUAAACACAUUGUCACUGCGGCUCACUGCAUCAGCGAGGGGUACACGAAGCCUCUAGACCUGGACGAACUCUAUUACCUUGUUGUUGUAGCAGGCGCGGAAAUCUACAAUCCGCGAGUCCGAGCCUACAGAACAAGCAAAGUUUACGUUCACCCAAAUUUCCACGGCGAUUUCGAUGAUUCGUCCAAGGAUAGCGCAGAUAUUGCAGUUAUCGAACUGAGAAAGGAGAUAUCCUUCAACGAUAAUCAACAGCCCAUCGACCUAGCAGAAGAACCGCCUCAAGCCAGAUCAGAAGGUCUGAUCUAUGGUUGGGGAAGCGCUUAUCGGGAAGGUCCUAAUUCUCGUACACUGCAAGGAUUACUGUUGGACUACUACAGUAUUUCUGCUUGUCAACACGUAUUCCCAACUGGUAUAUUUAUUAAAGACGAAAUAUGUGCGAAUCCGAAGGCCAAACGUGAUGCUUGUUCGGAGAAGAAGGAAAUUUAUGCGCUUUCAGCGGGAGGCGACAGUGGAGGUCCCUUCGUAGUAAACGGUAAACUUACUGGGGUCCUUUCGCAUGGAUCAAAGGAUUGUGAUGGUACGAGACCACUUGCAUUUGCCAGUAUUCCUUAUUAUAAGUCAUGGCUUGAAGAUGUGAUGGACGGGAAAGUCGAACCAGUCUAUCCUCCAGCGAAAUCCACAGGUCGUUCUAACGACUGUUCAUCCAAAAAUAAAAAAAAUCCACAACGAAACCGUCAGCAAUUGACCCCAGACCAAAAAAUAAGUGUUUUGUCUACGUCUACAGACGCACCAGCAGAGAAAUAUUACAUGUAA